AAACGCUCACUCCCCGCUCACUUAACCCGCUCACCCUAAGGGCCCACCUCCAGGUGCCUUUAGUUACAAACGCUCUAUUUCUUAACCGAAGUCCAAAAGAAUUAUGUCUGGCGAAGGUGGUUUCAACGAUGAGGCUUACGACCGCGGCAUGCAGGAGCUGCUCGCCGAGGAUGGCGCCGAGAACGGCGAGAUGACCAUCACCGACUGGACCGAGGUUCACGAGACUUUCGACUCGAUGAACCUCCACGAGAACCUCCUUCGCGGCAUCUACGCGUACGGUUUCGAGAAGCCCUCCGCUAUUCAGCAGCGCGGCAUCGUGCCCUUCACCAAGGGCCUCGACGUGAUCCAGCAGGCGCAGUCCGGUACCGGUAAGACGGCCACCUUCUGCGCCGGCGUCCUGCAGCAGCUCGACUACGAGAAGGAGGAGUGCCAGGCGCUGGUGCUCGCCCCCACGCGCGAGCUCGCGCAGCAGAUUGAGAAGGUGAUGCGCGCGCUCGGCGACUACCUCAACGUGAAGUGCCACGCGUGCGUCGGUGGCACGUCCGUGAGGGAGGAUCAGCGCAUCCUCCAGAGCGGCGUUCACGUCGUCGUCGGCACCCCCGGCCGCGUGUACGACAUGCUCCGCCGCCGCGCUCUCAAGCCGGAUUACAUCAAGAUCUUCUCCCUCGACGAGGCGGAUGAGAUGCUCAGCCGCGGUUUCAAGGAUCAGAUUUACGACAUCUUCCAGCUGCUCCCCUCCAAGCUCCAGGUUGGCGUGUUCUCCGCGACCAUGCCCCCCGAGGCGCUCGAGAUUACGCGAAAGUUCAUGACGAAGCCGGUGCGCAUUCUCGUCAAGCGCGACGAGCUCACCCUGGAAGGUAUCAAGCAGUUUUACGUCAACGUCGACAAGGAGGAGUGGAAGCUCGACACCCUCUGCGAUCUCUACGAGACGCUCGCCAUCACCCAGUCCGUCAUCUUCGCCAACACCCGCCGCAAGGUUGACUGGCUCACGGACAAGAUGCGCGCCCGCGACUUCACCGUCUCCGCCACCCACGGUGACAUGGACCAGAACACCCGCGACAUCAUCAUGCGCGAGUUCCGCUCGGGCUCCUCCCGCGUGCUCAUCACCACCGACCUCCUCGCCCGCGGCAUCGACGUCCAGCAGGUGUCCCUCGUCAUCAACUUCGACCUCCCCACCCAGCCGGAGAACUACCUCCACCGCAUCGGUCGUUCCGGCCGUUUCGGCCGCAAGGGUGUGGCCAUCAACUUCGUCACCAAGGAUGACGAGCGCCUCCUCCAGGACGUGCAGCGCUUCUACCAGACCGUCAUCGAGGAGCUCCCCUCCAACGUCGCCGACCUCAUCUAAGUACCUCUUCAUGCCUCACCGCAGUUGUGCCAGAGCGUGCCGUACAGUCAUCGAGCAUCAAGAGUACUUCAAGGGUCUUGUUCCACCACCAAGCUCUUCAAGAUGAUGAACGCGACAUCAACAACACCAAGCAAUAUUACAAGCAUAUUUUAGUGCGUCCGGCUGAAGUGCCGGCGCUUGCAUCGCAUAGAACUUGCGCUACAUUGCGCGCAGCAAUCUUUAAUAUAGCUCCUCGGAAAGGAAAGGAAAAUUAAAAC